UUGAAUGAACCUCAUCUUUUGGGCCUGUUCUUGUUUGCAACGGACCCGGAGCUUCAAUCACAGAAAUUCAGAAUUCAGAAUUUUGAGACCCAGACCACCACCACCACCACCAUCACAUUCUAACUUUGUUUCUUCAGAAAGUUCCUUUUAAUUUCUUAAUUCGUGAAUUGGCUGCCUGGUUUUCUCAGAGUCUUUUUCUGAUGAUCCUUCACCUCUGACUCGACAAUAACUUCGUCUUUUAUUCUUUGCGGUGGUACAUACAAGAGAAAUCAAAAUGGCGAAUAUCCGUGUAAAGGAUCAGCAAAAGGGUUCGGGUUCGGGUUCUCCGAGGGCAGAGGUGGGAGAGGUUGACACCAGGGCUCCAUUCCAAUCUGUCAAAGCUGCUGUUAGUUUGUUUGGUGAGGUCGUUUCUAGAGGGGGAAAAACCGCCAGUUCCCCUGCCAAUGCCAAUUCCCCUGCCAAUGCCACUCCAGUCAAGAGAAAACUUUCUUCAGAGAAUAAUGCACUGGACAAGGAGACACAGCUUCUGUUGGCCCAGAAAGAACUAAACAAGAUCAAGCAACAACUAGAGAGUGCGCAAACUACAAAAGCUCGAGCACACAAUGAGCUUGAAAAGGCUAAGAGAACUCUGCAGGAUCUCAACACCAAGCUCAAAACUGUAAGCGACUCCAAGCAAUUAGCCAUCAAAGAUGCAGAACAAGUCAAGAUUCAGGCUAAGAAACUGGAAGAGGUCAAAUCCAGAGAACCCAUUGAAGGUGGAGCUUGGAAACGCGAAUUGGACCACGCUAGAAAGGAGUACACAGCCACUGUGACCGAACUCGAUGCUACAAAGCAAGAGCUCACCAAAAUCCGACAGGACUUUGAUGCCGCCUUGGAAGCAAAACUGGCUGCAUUCCAACAGGCAGCAGAAGCUCAACGUUCCGCAAACGUUAACUCAGACAGGGUUAAUGAGCUCUCAAAGGAAGUUGCAGCCAUGCAGGGAUCAAUCGAACAGCUAAAACUUGCCUCCCAACAGGCCCAACAAGAGCAGGCAAACGCUGUGGCUGAAAAACAGGCCCACCUCCGAUCUUACAAUACUGCUAAGCAACAAAUAGAAGAGAAAUUACUAUCUUUGAAGCUAGAAGUUGAUCCUGAACUGACCGAAAGUCUAGAGGCUAAGCUUGAGGAAACAACUUUAGAGAUUGAAGUUUUACAAGAAGAAAUGAAAAAAGCCCACGCUUGUGAAAUGGACUCCAUGAGAGUGAUAACUGUGGAGCUGAAUGAAGCCACAAAGACGCUGCAGGAAGUUGCUGACGAAGAAAGUUCUCUUCGAAGCUUAGUGAACUCCCUCAGACUGGAUUUGGAGGAUGUGAAGAGGGAGCAAACUGAACUGAAGGAUAAAGAAAUGGAAAUGGAAUCUCUUGCUGCUAAACUAACUGCUCAAAUACAGAAAACCAAGGAAGAGGCAGAGGCACAGCUUAAGUCACCUCCUAGUCAUCAUGAGUAUGAUCACAGUUCAACUGCCCAUAAGCUUUCAUCUGAAACUGAAAGCGCGAGGCUGGAAGCAGAAGAGAUGAAGAAAAAUGCUCAUCAACAGAAGCGAGAAGCCGAAGAUACCCGGGUUGUAGCAGAGGAAGCAGAGAAGAAGCUGAAAAUCGCCCUGGAAGAAGCUAAAGAUGCCAAAGAAGCAGAAAAGAGAGCGCUUGAUGAGCUCAAGCUCUUAUCCGGGGGGACACAGGAAGCAGGUACUUGUUCAAAUUCAGAGACCAGUGGCGGCAAGAUCAAACUAUCAUCGGAGGGGUAUGAAUCUUUGACAACGAAAGUCGAGGAAUGUAGAAAAUUGGCUGAGCAGAAAGAGGCAGAGAGCAUGAACCAAGUAGAAGCAUUCAAUGUGAGAAAAAGGGAAGUAGAUAAAAAGUUGGAGGCCAAUUUAAAAGCGAUAGAGGAAAUCAAGACUGCGACAGACAUGGCAUUGAGCAAAGCAGAUAUGGCAGAGUCAGCAAAAUCAGCGGUGGAGGGUGAACUUCGCAAGCGGCGUCAAGAAGAACAAACAGUGGCAGGUGAGUCAUCAGGGUCAUUCUCCAUUCAGUUCUAACUUGUAGGAGGAUGCAAGAGCAGAUCAUUGAGAGAGAAACACCAAGUUCUCUUUCUCUUUCUGUUUCACAAGUGCCUAAGCUUGGAGAAUUGAUCUUGCAAUGAAAAGAUGAUAAGGUAUCUCCUCUCCCCAUCUGCCUUCCGUAGUAUCCCAUUUUUGGUGUAUUCAGGAAAACUUAUUUAUUAAGAGUCUCAGUGGUUCAGAAACAGGGAAACAUGUAAAUCGCUUGUUAUCUCAUCUCAAUACUCAAAAGAAUACUUUCUUCUCU